AUGUACGACUCAUAUCGUCCACACCCCCUCCUCGCCCAGGUCCCACUGACCGUCUCACCCUUCAUCAACCUCCCCACUUCCGUCACAUUACCCUACACAUACAAAUCCGUCCCCUCAUCGUUACCGCCCUCCGUAACGGUCGAUCCAAACAGUCCCGAUGGCAAGGCCCGCUAUGUAGUCUCGCCAAGCGGUGAGCACGCAGCUCACCCAGACGACGUCCUUGCCGCGUGCCGCUCCCUCGAACAGCAUUUGAACAAGACGCGCAGUGACGCUGAACAAGCUAUUUCUGCAUGGGAAGAGUCAAUCAGGCAACGUGAGCUAGCUGAAAAGCGACGCGUAGCUCCUGGGUGGCUCGACCGCGACGAAAAACUGCUUCAGCCCAGCCGGACGGGUACGUCGCUUGGCGGACAGGGGGAUGUCGAACCAAGUCUUCUGGAUAGUGCUUCGCCGGACCAGGAAUCUGCAAAAUUACCGACCAUGGAGCCACAUGACGAAGGGAAGGAGUUGGAUCGAGCAUUUGGUGGUUUGGAUUUGAAGUGA